AUGAUUUGUUAUAUUUUUGGUAUCAUAUUUUGCACUUGCAGUUUAUUUUCUUUGGCUGUGUGUAGUGAUAUAUGCGGUGCGACUGAAGAAAUCUUGUCUUGUUUCACAAAGAUAUUAUCUUAUGAAGCGAUUGAGGAUUUACAUCGAAAUCUUGAUGGUGAUAAGAAUGGAGAAGUCGACCAUUUCGAAACUGAAAAGUUUUUGAGGAAAGAAUUCAAUUCGGGCGAUGCUGCCAAGAAAUCACGUAUGUUAAACAGCGAUGAUCCUCUUAUUAGUCUUACAGACUUGUGGCAGAUGUGGAGAAAUAAUCCUGCAUUCAACUGGACUGUGAGAGAUACUACCCAAUGGUUAGUUAGUCUGGUGGAUCUCCCUCAGUACGUUGAUUUAUUUCGUCAACAUAAUUUAGAUGGUCGUUCAUUACCACGCUUGGCUAUGCAAAAUAUGAGCUACUUAACCGAUGUCCUGGGGAUUCAGAAUCCGAUACACAAGAAGAAAUUAAUGCUUCGUGCUUUGGAUGUCAUUCUGUUUGGACCUCCAAGACAGCCAGUACUUGUGUCAGGAAAUGUUUCUUUAGUCACACUGUCAAUAGGAUUGUUAUGCGUUUCGUUUGUGGGCUUUUCUCAUUGGUUCUACCAUGCAUCAAGUUUUUCGGAGAAAAAUCCAGUUGGUGAAAAUCAAGAAAAAUUAAAUGUUGCUGAACAAACAUUAAAACAACUUCAAAAAAGGUUAGAUGAUGUGGAGCAAUUAAGGCAAACGUUGAAUGCUUAUGAAAUAAAUCAACAUUUUGAGUCAUCAUCAUCAUCAUCAGCUCCUAAGAGUAUGAAAAGAGAUAAUUUGUCAUCUCCUCAUCUUAAAAGUAUGGAAGCGUUGAAUGAAGAUAGUCCUAAUACUCAUAAACAAUCAUACGAUCAUUCAUCAUACAUACCGUCGUCAAUUGCUGAAUUCAGUUUGUCUACUGACUUAUAUAAUGAUUCUUUACAUCCGAAUUCCUUGAGUAAUUAUAAUAUAUACUCAGCAAACGAUCCAUUGACUUUUGAUCAAAUACGUAAUUUACAAUAUCGCAAAAUUCUAAAUUUCAAGGGACGAAGUUCUGGAAAUGAGUUUUGUUCACCAGUUGCUUUAUCAACGAAUCCUUGUAAUAAAUACCAUCUAAGUGAACCCUAUUAUGAACUUAGACAUUGGCUACAAGUUACUUAUGAAUUGGAACUUAAACGUUAUUGUGAAAAAAGAAUGAAAGCUGAAAAGAAACUGGAUUUCGCUCGUCAAUCUUGUAGACGUUUUAUGCGUAAACGUUAUGGUAUUUUUGGUUCAGUUCGACUAGUAAAUGCGAUAAAUUUGGAUGAAUUGGAAAAUCGUUUGAUUAGUGCGAAACAAGCUUUGGAUCAACUUGAAAGUGAAGUUCAAGAACGUAUAAACCGUUGGAGUCGUAUUGAAGCUUUAACUGGUCACUUGAUACGUCCAGACAUUCAUAAUCAAUAUGCGAAAAGUAGUAUUUGUGAAACUGCAAGUUCAAUUCCUUGCUCAAUCGAUAAGUAUAGAUAUUGUAAUGGUAGUAUAAAGUCUAGUGAUUCUGAUCGUUUGUCAUCUAUGAUUGAAGAAACUUCUCUAGAAUCUAAUCGUUUUCCUAAAUCUGCUGGUAAUGGUUUAGUGAAUGAUUUCGAUUGUACUCAUAAUAAAGAAAUUUUCAACUUGAAAGAAUCAUUUCAAUUAAACACUGAAACGACUGAUACAUUCAGGACAAGUUUACCGCGAAAUUAUUCUUUUGUCCGACCGUUUGCUACUUUAUGGAGACGUAAGACAAAAUCUGGUCAAGAGUAA